CGCGUGCGCAGUGGGGCGGUCAGGUGACGCGGGCAGCGGCGGCGGCGGCAGCAGCAACAGGCGGGCGAGCGGGUGGAGGAGUAGGAGGAGGAGGCGGCUUUGGGCCUGCGGGACUCCCAGCCGCACACAGCAGUACGCUCUUUUGAGCAUCAAAACCCUGGGUUAAAGAUGGCUUCGGCAUCCUCUUCGAUGGUAUAUUCCACUUCUACACCAAUCGGCUCUUCGACUAAAAAGGCACAACAAACAGAGGAUGUUCCACUAUUACCAGGAGAAGAUGUAAAAAGCAAAGAAAAGGAUGUGAUCUACAUUUGUCACUUUAAUGGACCUAAAAAAGGCGUGGUGUAUAUUACAAAUUACAGGCUUUACUUCAAGAGUGUUGAACUGGAUCCCAUGACAACACUUGAUGUCCCAUUAGGCGUGAUAAGUCGAGUUGAAAAGAUAGGUGGCCAAUCAAGCAGAGGUGAAAAUUCUUAUGGAUUGGAAAUUACUUGCAAAGACAUGCGAAACCUGAGGUUUGCUCUCAAGCAGGAAGGUCGCAGCAGAAAAUCCAUGUUUGAGAAUCUUACAAAGCAUGCAUUUCCUAUAUCAAGUGGCUUGCAAUUUUUUGCAUUUGAAAAUAAAGAAACAUGCUACGAAGAUGGCUGGAAAGUUUAUGACCCAAUUGAAGAAUUUAAGAGGCUGGGCUUACCUGAUGAAAAGCGAAAAUGGAGAAUCACCAACAUAAAUCAGAACUAUGAGCUGUGUGACACUUAUCCACCAAUCUUAGUGGUUCCAGCCAGUGCUAGUGAUGAUGAUCUGCGAAAAGUAGCUGCCUUCAGAUCCAAGGGUCGAUUACCGGUGUUAUCGUGGAUACAUCCUGAUAAUCAAGCUGUGAUUGUCCGUUGUAGUCAACCUCUGGUUGGGAUGAGUGGAAAACGCAGCAAAGAUGAUGAAAGAUAUGUUGAUAUUAUUAGAGAAUCCAAUGGCCAAACCCAGAAGUUGACUAUCUUUGAUGCAAGGCCAAGUGUUAACGCAGUAGCCAACAAGGCCACAGGAGGAGGCUAUGAAGGUGAUGAUGCCUAUCAGAGAGCAGAACUCAUUUUCCUUGAUAUUCAUAACAUCCAUGUGAUGAGGGAAUCUCUAAGGAAGUUGAAGGAUAUUGUGUACCCCAGUGUGGAGGAAUCCCACUGGCUGUCAAGUCUGGAGUCUACACACUGGUUGGAACACAUCAAGUUUGUUCUGGCAGGAGCAAUCCAAGUUGCAGAUAAACUAGCAUCUGGAAAGAAUUCAGCCUUGAUACACUGCAGUGAUGGCUGGGAUCGUACUGCACAACUGACAUCUCUAGCUUUACUAAUGCUUGACAGCUUUUACCGAACAACCAAAGGGUUUGAAGUACUUAUUGAAAAGGAAUGGUUAAGUUUUGGGCACAAAUUUGCAACGAGAAUUGGACAUGGUGAUAGGAACUACGCAGAUGCAGAUCGAUCUCCUAUAUUCCUGCAGUUCAUCGACUGUGUGUGGCAAAUGACAAAACAGUUUCCGACUGCCUUUCAGUUUAACGAGGUUUUCUUGGUUACCGUUCUGGAUCACCUGUACAGCUGUCGGUUUGGAACCUUCUUAUACACCUGUGAACAGCAGCGCUCAAAGGAGGAGUUACGGAAAUGGACAGUCUCCUUGUGGUCUUUUACAAAUAAUGAAAUGGACAAGUACAUCAAUCCCUUCUAUACAAAAGACCAACGUGUGCUGUACCCAGUGGCCAGCAUGCGACACCUGGAUCUCUGGGUCAACUACUAUAUUCGUUGGAAUCCUUGGUUCAAACAGCAGCAAGACCCAGUUCAACAGCGAUACAAAGAAUUGUUGGUUGUGAGAGAGCAGCUAUUGAAGAAACUUGAGGAACUACAGAUUAUGGAUUCUUCAACAGGAAUGCUUCCGCAUGUUUCUAAUUCAUCCACUCCAUCCUCUCCUGUGCCAGUAUCUCCACGAUCACAGACAACUCUCUGAGCUGUGCACAUCUGAAUUCUAGUAGCUCUGAUUACUUUAGAAACUGUAAAGAAUUUAUAUAUGUUAUACUGCAGCAUGUUAAAAGGUUGCUGGAUAGGGGUGUUGAUUUAUUUGCAUGUUAAUACUAUAAUGCCUCUUUAUACAAAAAGUGAAUUAAAACUAUUUUGAUAAAUAUAUUCUAAAAUUACGCUUGUGCCUUAGUUUAAAUGGUAGCAGGCUGCCAUUUAUGUAGGGUUAAUGUCCUGCUCUUUCUGUUUGCAUCAGGUGCUAUGCUGACUUUCUUUAUCACUGAAUAAAGGAAACUGUGGAAUUACUCAUCUCAAAUCCAUAUGUCGCAGGGGGUCUGGUAGACCGCUAUCAAAUAUCUAUGGGUUAAACAUAUUCAAUACCUUUUAUAGGAUUUCACAGCAAAUUACUUAUCACACACUGCUUCUGACCACAAUGUUGUUAUCUAGUUAAUCAAAGGCCAAUACUAAGCAUAACAAGCACAAGGUUAGGAAAGCUUUUGAAACACAGUGGGGAUGAGAUUGAUCUUAGAGUGUAGCACAAAAUGGGCAAAAGCAAGGUGUCAACCUGUUUCGCGAUCUGCUUGAUUCAUGGGCAGUAGAUUUGGCACAGCUUGCUCGCACAAUCUUCCACGCUUAGUUUCAUCCACAGUGUAUUUUUCUGUGACCUGCAGUGGUCAUAUUCUCCUGAUUUCACUGUUACUCUAUUUCAAUAUCAUACAAGAAUUUGAAUAAAAGAUGACAAGUUCAUUUUAUUGUUUUUUACAGUCUGAAUUGUCCAACAUUUUUGUAAGUAUGAACUCCCACUGAACAAAACUAUCUCUCCAAAUUAAAAAAAAAAUCAGUAAUUCUGCAGGAGAACUCAUAUUGCCAAUGGAGCUAUUCAGCUUCACAAAUAUCCAAUGUAUUUGUUAAUUUGGGUUGUUUGUUGUUAGCUGUGAAUGUUCCACACAAUUUAAAUAAAAAUUUGAGAUAAGUUUAUGAAAAUAUAAUUUGCUCUUGGGAAUGUUGACAUACCUUGCCCCUUAAAAGUUGUAUUCAGGUUUAGAAAUUACAUUUUAUUAUGAUGGGUCAGCAAAAGGAGUGACUAAUUUUGUAAACUGCUGUAUUUUAAUAACUGAUUAACCUUGGCUUUCAUUGUUUGUUGCCCUGGCACCAAUGGAUCUAAAAAUAUCACGUUUAAGCCUGAAAAUUUGACAUUAAAAUCGUGGAGCAGAAAUUGGCCAAUGAGAAGGUAUUAAUGAUGCCUACACUGAUUCAAGGCUUUAAUCCUCAAUACUGUGGUGUCGCAGAUGUAAUGGGUAGUGAAGCAUCGUGCGACAUCGCACUCUGCGAUAUUUUUCAAAUCAUUUUUAUGUCCGCCAGAUUUAAUAUAAAUAUUAGUUUAGGAUUCCAUGCUUGUUGUGCAAGGUCCAAUUUUCUAAAAUGAUUUUUCUUUGCAUCUUUAGUUUAAUUUUUUUUAAUAUAUAGACUGCAAAAGAGAUAUAUGAAUUUAGUUAAGUUGGCAGCACUCAACCAAAUAAUUAGUGUGGAUCUAAGUUCCAUUGCAGACCUCUCAACAUCCUUUAAGCAGACAGUUAAUGUUGCUGUUGAGAGAGCUGUAUUGGUCAGAGUAGCAGGCUUCACCCGUAUGUAAAAUAUUUCAUAGACCUAACGUGCUGGAGUAACUCCGCAGGUCAUGCAGCAUCUCUGGAGAAACAGGAUGGGUGACAUUAUGGGUGGGGACCAUUCUUCAGGCACUUCGGUCUGAAGAAGGGUUCCGACACAAAACGUCACCCAUCCUUUUUCUCCAGACAAGCUGCCAAACUUGCUGUGUUACUCCAGCACUUGUGUCUAUUUUCUGUAUAAACCAGCAUCUGCAGCUCUUUGUUUCUUUAAAUAAACUUAUGGUUUUAUCUCAAGGAUAGUAAGGCCAAUAUUGAUUAUUAAUUAUCACUAAGAAACCACAUUAUUUAAUCUUGGAUCUUGUGCAUUUGGUUUCACCUUGUUAAAUCCAAGACAUUACCCGUGCACCAACAAUAAUUGUAUUCCAAAGAGUAAUUAAUUGAUUGUAUGAUGCCCUGGAACAUUCUGACCAUGCAAAAUUCAAUAUUUGUUUUAAUUGAGCCCAACUUUCAACAUUGGUGCAACACCCAAUUCAUAUUCAUGAUGCGUUGGCUUCAAACUACAGAGGCCUACAUUGAAUUUAUUUGCUCCCUAAUCUUUGCCAUUUACACGUUAUUCCACUGCCAUCAGGAAAAACAAUUUAGAGAAAUCGUGUUUGACCUCAAAGCUUGGAUUUCCUAGAAGGCUCUAUUUUUACUUUGUUUAAACUCCAUUAUUUAAUGGACAGCUUUGUUGCCAUUGAACUACAAUUGGAUAUGGCCGCUUGUAGGCCACAAUAGUUCACCAUACAUUGUACAUCCAGUGUGUUAACACUGAACUGUGCAACAAUCUUACAUCAAAUCAUGACUGUCCAUCAGAUUUAACUCGUAGACCAAAAGUCUGUGGUAGUUAAAACAGCAAGGCUUAGAAUCUAGUGUGGAUACUGAGAAUGCAAGAAGAUCUAGGUCACUGUUGUCUUCUGCCCUGUUGCAAUGUGCAGCUACUUCCUGAAUUUUCUGUUGCACAUUUCUUUCUAGGGAUGGCAUACUUUUGGAUUAUUUGGGCGUAUUACUAACAAUGGCUCAGUGUUAAAAUAAGUUGAAUUCAAGACAUAAAAGCUGUAAUUGGCUUUAGGUAAUUAGUAAUAAAUAUAACCGUGUUGUCGCUUCAAAUCUUAAAUUGUACACUGUCAAUUAUUCAAUUUUUUCUCGAUAUUCACAAGAAAAUUAUUAAAUAACAAAUCCAGGCUGCUUGAAUCAUUUCACUAUUGGCUAAUCUGUAUGAGCAACUUAAAUGUCAAGACAAAUAGUUUCAGCAGUAGCCCAAGGCUUUUAUUUUGUGGCCUAUCAAGUCUUCAUUAUUAAUUUAUGUUGGCAGAUUAAACUGUUAUGUUAAGUCUGAUACUCUCAGAAUUUACUGAAAAUCAUAGAUAAUCUUUUGUGGCCAAAUACCUUUGCUGUCAAAUUCUUACCAAUCUGAUAUACAAAUGGUUCUCUGUGCUAUGGAUGGUCUGAAUUCAAGCUCGUGCAAGAUCACAAGAAGGGGUGAAUUUGGACUGAGUUUCAGGAAUGCACAUUUCGCAUUGUGACUACUGACUGUAUUAAUUUUGUUCAAUGUUGCCUUCAACUACAGCUUGCUUUGAAGCAUGUCUGAUGUGAAAUGAGCUUGUGUGACUGCAGCACAAGUAAAUAGAUGCAAAAAUACUUCUAAAGUAUUGAUGAGAUGGGAUUGAUGAGAUGCAGUAUCUUAUGUAGGGGUGGAAAAUGCAACACUUGAAUUAAGAGGUCCUUGUGUAUAUGAUAUAACCCAAUGCUAAUCAUCUUUUGAGUGUUCUUUUACACCAUGGAUAACAAUUUCCAAAUCUUUCAACCAACAUUCAUUUUUAAUGUUCAUUAAAAUAAUUUUAUGACUGUUAAUGAAUGUAACUGACAGCACUUGCAUAUAUUUAUUAUUACGCAGUUUAAAAAAAUGGAGACAAUAUCUUUGUGGGUUAAAUGUAGCUUUCAUUUUAUCUCAAUUCAUUUUAUGUCCUGUUUAGAUUUACUUGACAAUAAUGCUUUGCCACUACAGCAUGGGCAGAAAUGACCCCCAAGAUGUUUAAAUUCCAGUAUUCAUGAACAUGAGUGAAAAGGGUGAUUUUUUUUUUAAAAAGCUUGAAAAUGUAACAUAAUAUUAACAUUUCAUUGACAUUUCCUAAAAAUGUGUGGACACAUUUCAUCUUUAUUGAUUUGUAGCAUUUUCUUUGUUUUUUUUCCAGUAUAUUUAUUUUUUCUCAGGAUAUUUGCCUUGGCUCUCAUUUUGCUUUUUGUUUCUACAUACGCAGUUUCUGAAAACUGCACAUAUACUGAGAGGCGGCAAGAUUGCUGGUUAUAAAAGUAUAAAUAUGAAUACAUUAAAGAUAAUGCUAUACAAAUAACAUUUUUGCAACAAUAGAAAUAGGGGACUAAUCUUUUAAUGUGCAUUGUAUGCAUUGCAUUACAAAUUGAUGUUUAUAAUGAAACAGUAUACAGAAUUGAUCUAUGUUAUGUUUGCCUUGUACAGUCAAAUAUGCUACUGUUUAGCUGAUGAGAAAUAAAAAUAAGAGAUGAUAUCUAAGAUGUUCUGGUAUUUAUCCAAUGUGUUUAAUGCUAAUUUCUCUAUUAAACAAAGAUGCUUAAUUACUCCCA